AUGUCUCGAAUAUGUGUGAAAAAUUUGCCAAAACAUGCAACUGAAGAACGUCUUCGAGAUUAUUUCUCUCAGAAAGGAGAAGUAACGGAUGCCAAACUCAUGCGAACCAGAGAUGGUAAGAGCAGACAAUUUGGUUUUGUUGGAUUCCGAAGUGAAAAAGAAGCUUCAGAAGCUCUCAAAUUCUUUAAUGGUUCGUUCAUUGAUACUUACAGGAUUUCUUGUGAGAUUGCUCGCAAAGUGGGGGACCCAGAAAUGUCACGUCCAUGGAGCCGACAUUCUCUCAAGAAACAAGAAAAGUCAACCCUUGAGAAAAAGGAAUCUGUUAAAUCCAUGAGCUCAAAUCACGAAGUUACACCAGAGGUAAAGAUUGAAUCCGAGAAUGGUGAUCUUCAGUUCCAGGAGUUCCUUCAAGUCAUGCAACCCCGUGCAAAGUCAAAGUUAUGGUCAAAUGAUCUUUUGGAAGCCAACAAAGGGGAAGACAAAGACAAAAAGAAAUUGAAUUCAAAAUCUUCAAAGUUGAAUGAAACCAGUGAUAAUAAACCUGAUGAGAUGGAAAGUAACAUGGAACAUGAUAAAGCUGUAUCCGAUACAGAUUACUUUAAAAGCAGGGUAAAAAAAGAUUGGUCGGAUACUGAUACCGAUACAGAUACUGAUAUUGAAGAUGUUAAUGGGGAUGUAGAGGAGGUCAAGAAUGAUGAAGAAACAGAAGCUGAAGAACCCACAAACACAAUUGAAAACCCUAAUGAGACUGAUGAGGUGGAUGAACCUUCAUCAAGCUUAGAAGAUGAAGAUGAUGUUCUACAAACUGGUCGUCUUUUUGUUCGUAAUCUUCCAUAUACUGCUACGGAAGAUGAUCUAAGAGAGCACUUCAGCAAAUUUGGCAGUGUAUCUCAAGCCCAUUUGGUGGUUGAUAAAGAGACAAAGAGAUCAAAGGGAAUUGCUUACAUUCUCUAUGCACUUCCAGAAUCCGCAGCUAGGGCACUAGAAGAUCUUGACAACUCUAUCUUCCAAGGAAGACUUUUGCAUAUCAUGCCAGCAAAGCAGAAAAUUCUUCCUGUGAAAAAAGAUGAUUCUGCUAUUCAUACAAAGACAUUUAAGCAACAAAGAGAGGAUAAGAGGAAGAAAUCUGAAAAUAGUGGAGAUACAAGAGCAUGGAACAGUUUAUUCAUGAGACCAGAUACAAUUGUGGAAAACAUUGCUAGGGAAUUUGGUACAAGUAAAAGUGAACUACUUGAUCGUGAAGCUUCUGAUGUAGCUGUACGUAUUGCAUUAGCAGAAACUCAAGUAAUUGCAAAGACCAAAAAGGCCCUUUCAAAUGCUGGUGUUAAUGUAACUUCUUUAGAGAAUUUUGCAAGUCAAAAUACAAAAACACAAGGUGUUAAAAGAAGCAACCAUGUUAUACUAGUUAAAAAUCUACCAUAUGGUUCUACUGAAACUGAACUUGCUACCAUGUUUGGAAAAUUUGGAAGCAUUGACAAAGUUAUUCUCCCUUCAACCAAAACUCUCGGUUUGGUGGUUUUUCUUGAACCUGGGGAGGCUCGUGCUGCAUUUAAAGGUUUAGCUUACAAGAGAUACAAAGAUGCUCCAUUGUAUUUGGAAUGGGCACCUGGUGACAUUCUGAGUGAAGAUCCAAACUCCAUAACUGAUGAGAAAGAAGCUUCUGUUGUGGUUGAACAUGAAACCAAAAGAGCAUUACUAGAGCAACAAUUGGAAGGAACAACAGAUGCUGCUGAUAUUGAUACAGAAAGAGUUGAGUCAAGAUCGCUUUUUGUCAAGAAUCUGAAUUUUAGAACCACAGACGAGGGUUUGAAGAAACAUUUUGUUGAUCAUGUAAAGCAAGGAAAGCUCCGAAGUGUCAGGAUAAAGAAGCAUUUGAAAAAUGGGAAAAACGUGUCGAUGGGUUUUGGAUUUUUGGAGUUUGAUUCCGUGGAUACUGCUGUAAAAGUUAGCAGAGAUUUACAGGGAACGGUUUUGGAUGGGCAUGCUCUAAUAUUACAGUUAUGCCACGUGAAGAACAACGAGAGAGUAAAAGAGAAAGUGGACAAGGAUCAAAGUUCAACAAAGUUAAUUGUGAGAAAUGUAGCUUUUGAAGCUACAGAGAAAGAAUUAAGACAACUAUUUAGUCCAUUUGGUCAGAUAAAGAGUUUAAGGCUUCCAACAAGGUUAGGAAAGCAUAGAGGUUUUGGUUUUGUGGAGUAUGUAACAAAGCAAGAGACUAAAAACGCCCUUCAAGCUCUAUCAAAUACUCAUUUAUAUGGGCGUCAUUUGGUUUUGGAGAGAGCCAAGGAAGGAGAGAGUUUAGAAGAGUUACGGGCUCGAACAGCAGCUCAAUUUGUAGAUGAGAGUACCGGUUUUCAAAACCCUACAAAACUAUCUUUAAAAAGGAAGCAACUUGAUAUCUAAAAUCAACUUUUAAAGGUCCAUAGAAUGUUGCUUUGAAAAAUAGGGUAAUGUUUUGUAUCUUUUGUGCCAAUUUUGUAUUUCUUUAUUUAUUUGUAAUGAUAACAAUUGUUGGGUGCUAAAAGGUUGAGGGA